AUGGCUGGUGCGGCUGACGCAGGCAAGGAGGCUGUGGAAGAAGGUACCGGUCGCGCGGCAUCGACCCGUGCGGCCAAACCACCGCUGGAGCGUUGGGUUUAUGAUCUCCAUAUAUUCUCGUCCAGGACCUGGGCCUGGACCCGUAAGGUGCCACAGGUGGAGAUAUCGUCUGAAGUCAGGAGUGGGGUGUCGAUCAUCACACCUUCCAAGGUGAUUCAGCUCGGAGGCGGCAUGGUGGGAUUCGUUGAUCUUAUGAAGGGGAUUGCGGUCUGCAACGUGUUCGACGAAAUGCCCGUGCUGCGGUUCAUCCCAUUGCCCCAGCUGAUGCCUGGCCACAUGGAGGGCUCCAAGUCAUCCAGGGCGAUUCGGAACGUCUCCUUCUGCAAUGGUAUGAUCAAGUUUGUCGAGGUAGAGAAACAUGAGAGACAUGAUGCUGAUGAAAGGUCGUUGGAUGACAUGGACACCCUAUACGACUCAGACUGCUUGCCGAAGACCAAAGUAAUUGGCUGGAGGGCCAUGACAUGGCACAGAAUGAUAUCUUGGGACCACUGGCGCAAAGGGAGCAUGGCUUAUGACAAGGAGAUCUCGGUUGAGGGCCAAAGACAUUCUAUGUUGUUGCCAGAGGUGAUGGACAAUAAUGCAGGAGAGUUGCCACUCAAGAACCUGCUAGCAGCGUUCCCUGUCCCGACCCUGACCUGUGAUUGCGAUGAUAUUUUUUACAUGUUGUGUCAAACAAAAUCUGGCGACAAAAAGUCAUGGCUGAUCAGUGUUGACCUGAAAAAGAAGAUAUUAGUCGAAUUGGCACCGUUUUCUCUCCAAGGAUAUUUCGACCCAGCCCAACCUUCUGAGUUGUCCAAUUACCUGAGCAUAGGUCCAGGUAUAGUUCUCUGCAUUGGGCGUUUCUAUUGCCGUAUCCCACCUCCGUUCCGUACCCUGCCGGCCCACUGCGCCACAGACCUGAAGCUAGCUCUUCUGCUCAGCAAAAGCAUGCGCAACAGCAACAGAAACAUAUGCUCUAUGUCGAGAAGAAAAGUAUUGCCAAGAACUAAGCUCCAGGACGUGCCUAGCAGCAAGCUCGAGGACAUGCCCAACAUCAAGCUCUGUUCUAAAAAUCUAAACUUUUCAGUUUCUUCUUCACUGCCCGCCUUCCUCGACCAUGUGAAGCUUGAGAUUCAGAGGGUAAGGGGUCGAGAUUCAGCAUCCGGGCGAGAUUCAGCAGCGAGGCGCGACCCCUCCAUCUUCCUCUGCCCCGAAGACAUCCUCAGCGGCGUGCGUCGGUGA